CGCAAGAGAGCGAGCGAGCGGCGAUGCAUGCCUCAUGAAUGAGUCCCCCUCCACCGCACCGCAGGUCGGACCCCUCAUCCGCCUGCCCCCCUGAUGCCCGUGUGGGUGCGCAGACCGGCGGGGAAACCGUAACCGAGCCAGCCGCCCAUGAACCCGGACAGAAAAGCCUUCCCUUCAGUGAUACAUGAGCGUUUCAUCCCGUCAAGAACCGCACGACAGGAUCAGGAACGAUGCUUGAUGGACUACGGCGGAGACACGCCUCCCGGCCCUCCCCCCGACCCCUGUCACUCAACUUCAGCACCUUCUCAGCCCCUCCCCCGAGCCCGGAUAUGGAUGGGAGCAGUGAGCAUCCAAUCAGGAGGACUCUGCACCGGCUGAAGUUGAUGAGCUCCCCCAGCCUCAGUGAACUGGGGAAAAGUGAAAAAAGUUCACCAGAGGACAGAGGGGAGAAGCAGAAGAGAGCAGGAGCAAACGCCACCUGGAACAGCAUUCACAACGCUGUUAUUGCAGUCUUCCAGAAGAAGGGUUUGGCAGAUAACGAACUCUAUGUUCUCAAUGAGGGGGUCCGACAUCUCCUGAAGACAGAGUUGGGGUCUUUCUUCACAGAAUACCUUCAGAACCAGUUGCUAACAAAAGGCAUGGUCAUCCUUCGGGACAAAAUAAGGUUUUAUGAAGGUCAGAAGCUGCUCGACUCACUGGCGGAGACUUGGGACUUCUUCUUCUGUGAUGUUCUCUCGAUGCUGCAGGCCAUUUUUCAUCCAGUUCAGGGUAAGGAACCGUCUGUACGACAGCUCGCUCUGCUUCACUUCAGAAACACCAUCGUCCUGAGCGUAAAAUUAGAGGAUGCACUGUCUCGACCUCGGGCCCGUGUGCCCCCGUCUGUUACACAAAUGCUGCUUAUUCUACAGGGGGUCCAUGAGUCACGAGGUGUGAAUGAGGAGUACUUGAGGUUAGAGUCUCUGGUUCAGAAAGUGGUCUCACCUUACCUCGGCACACACGGCCUUUACUCUGGAGACGGUACAGAGGCCAAUUGCUGCAUUUUGGAGAAGCGUUUACCAUGGGGCUUACCCAAGUCUGCGGAUCAGUCCUCUAAAAACCCAGUGGUACGAUCGAAAAGCUACAAUAUCCCCCUGCUGCUGACCCCAGUGGCUGAGUAUGACCCAGAUGCCAGCUCUGUUGGCAGCGGAGGAAUUCGGCGUCACUCAGCCUGUGAGAUUAUAUCAUGCCUGGAGGAACAAGGACUGGCCUACACUGACCUGGCCUCGGGAUCUGAACUGUCUGGCCCCUCCUCUAACAGGCUGUGUGUGGGCUCCCAGUUCAAUGGGAUUGUACAAGCAGGAGCCAGUGCCCUGGACCUGCCGCUUUCGUCUCCUUCAAUCCUUCCCCUUCAUUCCUCGGGACCCCUUCACGGGACCGAGGCCACAACAACAAUGACUGAUCUCAGUAAGGGUGCAUCCUCUACGCCACCCAGCGAAUCAUCCAGCCCUGAAACCAUAAUUGGACAAGUGCUAGAGUCUGCGGACUCAGACUCAGAUGGGAUAUUUAUUGAUUUCCCACCUCAUUCCUCAGAGGCUAUUGGAUACAGUCGUGAAAGCAGACAGAGCACUGUGUAGCUGUGGUUGCCUUAAGGAACCCAAUCCCAGUCCCAGUGUGUUCUCAAGUAAUCUGGGUCCAAGUUUUAAGAUAUGUUACAGUUAAAUGGGUACUAUUUUGCUUUAUAGUGUAGUACACUGAGUUUCCAUGACUCCAUUUCAAGUGCAUUCACUGAUGUGUGAAAACUUUGUAACUCUAAAUGCUAAGAUAAACACUUUAUAUGAAAAUACAAAGCAAAUUCCAAUGAAGUUAUUGAAACUCUGAUGAUGUCCUACUGAUUUUUUUUUUUACCAGUGUUGUACAACUUAAUCCAAUUUUUUAUAAACCCAAACUAGUCACAUAAUUGUCUUAACCCAUCAAACAGCCCUUUAUUCUUCAAUCCAAAACAUCAACAUUUCCAAAAA